GGAGGUGGGCGGGGCGCCUUUUGGCAGGUGGUCGCUGGCAGAAUGGCGUCGGUGACUGCAGCUCGGGGGUCUCAGGGAGGGCGGCGCCUCUGGCUCGGGAUCCAGAGAAAGACAAAUUGGCAUUUUUCAUCGUCCUAUUCAUCUUCAGUGCCAACAACCAAGCUCUUCAUCGAUGGCAAAUUUGUUGAUUCCAAAAGUAAUGAAUGGAUUGAUAUUCACAACCCAGCCACCAAUGAGGUGGUUGGUCGUGUCCCAAAAGCUACACAAAGUGAGAUGGAAGCAGCAGUGGCUUCGUGCAAGAAAUCUCUACCAAACUGGGCUGAGACAUCCAUUCUGAGUCGGCAACAAGUGUUCUUGCGAUACCAACAGCUCAUCAAAGACAAUCUGAAAGAAAUUUCAAAACUGAUCACCUUAGAGCAAGGAAAGACCCUGGCUGAUGCUGAGGGAGAUGUGUUUCGAGGCCUCCAGGUCGUUGAACAUGCUUGUAGUGUGACAUCCCUUAUGCUGGGCGAGACCCUCCCCUCCAUCACUAAAGAUAUGGACACUUACACCUACCGCUUGCCUCUGGGAGUGUGUGCAGGCAUAGCACCUUUCAAUUUCCCAGCCAUGAUCCCUCUCUGGAUGUUUCCCAUGGCCAUGGUGUGCGGGAACACUUUCUUGAUGAAGCCUUCAGAGCGGGUGCCGGGAGCCCUCAUGCUUCUUGCAAAGCUGCUGCAGGAUGCUGGAGCCCCUGAUGGAACACUGAACAUCAUCCACGGACAACACGCAGCCGUAAAUUUUAUUUGUGAUCAUCCUGAUAUCAAAGCAAUCAGCUUUGUAGGAUCUAAUCAGGCUGGAGAAUAUAUCUAUGAAAGGGGUUCCAAGAACGGCAAGAGAGUGCAGGCCAAUAUGGGAGCUAAGAACCAUGGAGUAGUGAUGCCAGAUGCCAAUAAGGAGAACACCCUGAAUCAGUUGGUUGGAGCAGCUUUUGGAGCAGCUGGGCAACGUUGCAUGGCAUUAUCCACAGCAGUCUUGGUGGGAGAGGCUCGGAAUUGGCUGCCCGAACUGGUGGAGAGAGCCAAGAAGCUGCGAGUUAAUGCAGGAGACCAACCUGGAGCAGAUCUGGGACCGCUGAUCAGUCCCCAGGCCAAGGAGCGUGUCUGUCAACUGAUUGACAGUGGAGCAAAGGAGGGGGCUAGCAUCCUUCUUGACGGACGAAAUAUCAGAGUGAAAGGUUUUGAAAAUGGCAAUUUUGUUGGACCGACAAUCCUUGCGAAGGUCAAGCCCAAUAUGACCUGUUACAAGGAGGAAAUCUUUGGACCGGUUCUAGUGGUUCUGGAAGCAGACAGUCUGAAUGAAGCAAUUGAAAUAAUAAAUAAAAAUCAUUAUGGGAAUGGAACAGCCAUCUUUACCACAAAUGGUGCCACUGCUCGGAAGUACUCUCACUUAGUGGAUGUUGGACAGAUUGGUGUGAAUGUUCCAAUUCCAGUGCCUUUGCCAAUGUUCUCCUUCACUGGCUCUCGCGGGUCUUUCAGGGGGGACACCAAUUUCUACGGCAAACAGGGGGUACAUUUCUACACACAGCUGAAGACAAUCACGUCUCAGUGGAAGGAGGAAGAUGCUACUGAUGCCAAGCCUGCCGUCGUUAUGCCAACCAUGGGGAACUAAAGCACCUUGUUAAAUUUGCUCAAGAUGCUGCUGAAAGUAUUCUUCACCCACUGAUGCAAGCUGCUCUUGGAUAUUCCCUGUUGCCAUUGCUGCCCUAGAAAUAACAAAGAUUGCUUCAUUUCAGGCUCUGCAUUUAAAAUCAGAUUGGCCUGGGCCCCUGAACACAAAAUUUAGAUUUUUUUUCAUCUACAUACUGGCUAACCCAAGUUAUUUUCUUUAAUUCUAGAAAAAAUAAUAUGUUGUGUGUAAACAGACAAAAUCAGCUGCUUUUGUCCCACUCGUGCAACCCAGUGCUGAGAACCCAGGCACUAUUUUUCAUGGGAUGUUGGUUUUUAAGAACCAAUUACUGCAGUUCCUGCCAUUUCUCUGUUCACAGCUGGUAUGUCCUGCUGUCAGAAUCUUAAUUCAGCUUUCCCCCGCAAUAAACACUGCUUCAGAGAAGCAGAUUUACUCAUUACAGGACUGAGCAGUAAAUGUGCAGGUACUCAACUUUAAUAAGUA